CUGAGAGCGCUUGCUCGUCACUCGCGGCCUCAGGGCAACUUGAUGGCGAACGGCCUGUAGCUCUGAGGAUGAAGCAGUGGGCACAGAGAGCAGAAGCGCGGCGAAGCCCCCAAGCGUGAAGAUCGUGCGGAGAAUGAAGAGGUGUGGGAGCGACGAUUUCGAGCGGAUGAGCUGCGUAUCGAGCAAGAGCGAGAUGGAUGGCUGGUGUAGUGAUGCCGAUACGAUGACGCCUCGUUCGAUCGUGACUAGGGAGCUCGCGAGUCGUGAGUGAGGGAGGGCAUACAGUUGUGAAUCUGCUCAAUUCAAUCGUGAAUGCCAAGUCAAGGUCAAUUUGCUUGCCUGCCUAGGCUCUUGCCUUCUCCCAGCAUACACAUACAUCAGCAAGGCCGUCGCCACGGCCAUCAGGGUUUUCGGCGCGCAAGUGUUGUGCAUCUCGUCUCGUCUCGCUCGAAAACCCUCUCUCCCUCUCCCUUAAUUGAAACACACCCGCGACUCUGCUGUGCGGCAAACUCGCGUGUUUGCGCGCGUCUAGGCGGGGCCAGGAUCGAGAUCCAAUUGAGUACGUAUGACGACCGACACCGCUACAGCACAGCACAGCACAGCACAGCAAGCAGCGGAGCAGCUGGCCAGCAGCCAGCAGCAGCAGUCACAGUCACACAACAGCCCAAAAGUUGGGCACGCGCGCACCGACGGAGGCCGCUUAAUUGUUCUGCUGUCGCGGCAGCGCGGCCUCAUCGCAGCAUUGGCACCAUGCGCAUGCAGCAGAAGCAAAAUGCAUGUGAUGCGCAUCAGCAGCAGCAGCAGCAGCAGCAGCAGCAGUCAUGCUUGUCCGCGCCUCUUUUGCUGUCAGCAGUCUGUCCGCGCGUCUGCCAUCUGCUUGCCAUUCCUCUUUGACGCUUUGUGGCCAGCAUGCGCAAGCGCAAGCGCAUUCAUUAUAUACAAACGUGUAAGAUUCCUCGCGCGUCUCCGAGCUGUGUACCAGCAGCUAGCCAGCGGUGCUCGUGCUUCCCUCCAAUAUAUAUAUCCCUCGACUCUCUUUUAAUUGCU